ACUAUAAUAUGAAUUAAGCUUUCUCCAAUCUUUCAUAUACUUCUCUAUUGCUCUUCUUUUCUUACAAACUAAAUGAGGAAUUGUGAAUUUGCAUUGAUAAUUUUCGUAUGUGCUCUGAUAUUUGUUCAAUGGUCCUUUGUUGCUGCUCAUGGGCCACAAUGCUGCAAGAAUCCCCCAACUUUGAACCCAAACAGUGGAGCUGGGCAUGUUGAAGUUAUUGGUGGCCUCAAUUCAUAUGUCACUGGCUCUUCUCAUUCUAAACUUGCUAUUCUUCUAAUCUCUGACUUUUUUGGAUAUGAAGCUCCAAACUUAAGGAAGCUCGCAGACAAAGUUGCCGCUGCUGGUUAUUACGUAGUUGUCCCUGAUUUCUUCCAUGGGGAUCCCUACAAUCCUGAUAACCCUGACAGACCACCACAAGUUUGGUUAAAAGACCAUGGAACUGACAAAGGAUACGAAGAGGCAAAACCGAUAAUUGAGGCUUUAAAGCAGAAAGGUAUAUGUAAAAUUGGAACAGCUGGCUUCUGUUGGGGAGGUAAAGUGACUGCGCUACUAGCCCAAAGUGAUGCAUAUAUACAGGCAGGCGUUCUGCUACAUCCUGCAGGGGUCACUGUGGAUGAUAUCAAAGGUUUGAAGGUACCAAUUGCUGUUCUUGGGGCAGAGUUUGACCAAGUAUCUCCGCCUGAACUCCUGAAGCAAUUUGAGGAGGCCAUGAAAGCUAAGCAUCCUAAGGUGGAUGGAUAUGUGAAAAUAUUUCCUGGAGUUGCACAUGGGUGGACAAUGAGAUAUGACCCUAAAGAUCCAGCUGCUGUUAAGUCUGCUGAAGAAGCUCAUAAGGAUAUGUUGAAUUGGUUUAAGAAAUACAUCAACUAAGACCACAUCGUCACAUUUUAAGUAUGAAAAUGUGUCAGAUAUUAUGUGCAUAUAUGUUCUAUGACGUUAUAUUGAAGAAAUAAUCACCUAAAUGUGUGACUUGUUGGUUAAUCCAUUCA